AUGAUAUCCUCUCAAUUUUUGGAUUACCUGUAAUAAUAUGGUUAUGAUAUGUGGAACGAUCUCCACAAACGAUUUAAUUAGGAAAAUCGAACCCAAAAUUUUGAACUCAAUCUUCUCUCCAUCGCAUCAACCAAGUAUAUAACAGGUCAUUUCUAUGGUUUAGAAUAGAAACUGUAGAGUAAUUUACAGAGCUCAAUUCAAAGCGCAGCUUUUUUUUCGUUGCUUUUUGAUCGAGUUAUGGAGCGAUGGAGAGGGCUGUUGAGAGUCCCAUUACACGCUGACAGUAGAGAUUUUUACCAGGUUGCUGCAUCUCUCUGCCUUUCACUAUCUUCAAAUUCCCUAACUGUGCCGUCUAUAAAUGCUAUCUUUUUCACUGGAGAUCGAGUUAUGGGGACUGGGAAUCCAUUGAUUGAGAGGUUAUCUAAUUUACAAAACAUUGCUGAUAUUAUGGUCUCAAAAAUUGGUGGUUCUGUCAAUGCUUGGGUUAUUGAGGCUUCAUUGUUUAAUGGGCCUUUUGCUGUAUAUAAGGACUUUAUACCGUCUGUGAAUCAAUGGGGAGAACCAAAAUCAUAUGACCCAACUGGGUUUCCUGCUAGUUGGUCGACCGUAUCACUCUUAUCAAAUUGUCUUCGAGAGAGUGCUGCAACACAUAAACAAAAUAUUCCAAGCUUAGCCAGCAUUUCAGGGUUGCAAUUUUAUCGCCCCAAAACACUCGUAUUUGGAUUCAGCAAAGGUGGAACUGUAGUUAAUCAGCUAGUUGCUGAGCUUGGCUUGGCAAAGUCUAGAUCAAUGCAAGAUAGUACACAAACUGAAGAUGAACUUCAACAAAUUAUACCCUGUUCGAAAGAAGACUUCUUGGACAGCAUUGCUGAGAUACAUUAUGUGGAUGUUGGACUUAAUUCCGUCGGUGCAUACAUUACUGACAGUCACCUGGUUGAGAAAAUCUCUGAACACCUUGAACAAGCAGAAGGGGAUAAAGGACUACGGUUUGUGCUUCAUGGAACUCCGAGGCAGUGGUGUGACACCAAUAGAUCAUGGAUUCGCAACGAGAAAGAAAAAUUGUUUCAUUUGCUUAAGUCUGUAACUCAAAGGAGUGGAGGAAAAUUACAGGUGUGUGAGAGAUUUUACUUGGCUGAUCGGCGGCCUGAUCUGCAGAUGCAUUUUGAAAUAAUAGAGAAGUUGGAUAUCAGUUAAGUGCUUUUGGAAACACUGGAAUUUAUUGUAAAUUUGUUGUAGUUUUAAGCUAGAAAGUUGUACAAGCAAAAGUGAAUUCAUUUGUGCACGCUGCCCCUUUAAUGGCUAUAAAUUAAUAUCUUCACAAAUUAAGAUAAA